CAGGCUGCAGUGGAGUGAUGCUUUACAGAAAGAGAGGAAAUAUGACGUUUUACGAAUGAAUGUUGCUAGCUGUUGUUGACAAUAUCAGAUCGCAUAACUUGGAUUACAGUAGUUUUAUUUAGAAGAUCCCGCCGUCUGGUUUGUGUUUGAAGGGAAUAAGGGUCGUCGCCAUGAGUUCCCUACUGGAGUCGACGAAUAACCUCAUGCAGGUUUUCAGCGGAAAACUGGAGGAUUUCCUGAAAGAGAUCGAUAAUGUCCACAUGGUGUGGCUUGAGGAGAUUGAGCAGGAGGCACAGAGAAUGUUCUCCAGUGACUUCAACACAGAACCAGAGUUAAUGCCCAAGACUCCAUCCCAGAAAAAGACCAAUCGCAGGCGACGGGUGUCUGUGGGACAAAGUGACAAUAAAGCCAAAAGACGUCUCUCCAAGGGCAAGCGCAGCAACCUGCGGCGCUCCUCAGUGCAGCUCUCCCUAAACGCUAUCCCUGAGAGCCCAUCUGCCAGCGCAGAGCCGAGCGGCGAGGAGCCCCAGCGUAGAACCCGUCGGAACAAUGCCAAAUCGGUUGCGGAGCAAGGGCCAGUGAAGCGCAGCACGCGCAACAAGCCCACCGCUGCCUCCGCAUCUCAACAGGAAAUAGACGAUGACACCUUUGAGGAGGAGCCCAUCCAGGAAGAGGAGGAAGCUCCGGUUAAAGCAAUGGAAACAGAGCCGUCCAACUCUGCUCAGCCUCCCCAGGCCUCCUCCCCAACCCUGGCGGCUGUUGAAGAGUCUGAGGAAGCGGAUGAUGAUCAGGUAUCGAAAGCCACAGUGGUGCCAGACACUCCACCGUCCCGCACUUCUGUGCGACGGUCGAUGACAGCACGGCACUCCCUGGCCGGCCUGAGGAGGAGUCUAACGCAGGAGGCAGUGAGGAGGGCCUCCAGACGUUCCUUCCUGAAGAAGAAGGCCAGGAUGAGCAAAUCGGCCUGCAGCAGCUCUGUCGGUGAGGACAUCUGCCUUGACACAGAUGGAGAGGAAGUUGAGGAGAUGGAGAGAGAGGAGAAGGUUGGAGACGUUGAAGAACCAGGUGUCAUUGUGACUGAGUCCAGUCCUGUGCCAAAGAUCAACGUGGUGGAACCGUAUGCAGAGGACUCUGAGGAGAAGGAAGGAGGACAGACGGCAGUGAAGGCCGGUGAGCCGGUCACCCGCUACACACGCUCCAUGGCCAAAAACACCCCGACCCCCACGACCGCCGGCUCAGCCUCCCGCAUCGAGAAGCCCCAGACCCCUCCAUCAGUGUUAGGUGAGGGUGGUAAGACGCCUGCAGGAACUCAGUCGAUGUCUCGCUUUGGCUUUAAGCGCAGGGUGGACUCUAUAUCCGAGGACGUGCCCAAGAAGAAGAUUUCUCCUAAAAAUGUCUCCCAGUCGGCAGUGAAGCCCAACAUGAAGUCCUUCAUCCACACUGUACAGAAGAACCAGCUGCUGAUGAUGACCCCUGGAUCCAUAGGCCGCAGCUCAGUCAUGUCCUUCAUCAAGCACGGCACUCCAGGCAGGGUUGACCCCAAGCUUUCUAUUGGUGUAGUGGAGAGGGAACGACUAAAGCUUGAGGCUUACAACAAGAAAACUGAACAAGAAAAUGAAAGAAAGAAAAAGAUGGAAGAAGAGAGGAAGAAGAAAAAUGACGAGCUCAGAAGGCAGAGGGAGGAGAGGUUGAGGCGUGUGUUGGAGGCUCGUGAGCGAGGCGAGAAGGCGGAGCUGGAGAAGAGGAAGAAAGUGGAGCAGAAGAUGGCCCAGAUUAACGAGAAGGAGAAGGCCAAGAAGACCGUGGCCUCCAAGCGGCAGCAGGAGCUGGAGCUGCGUAGGAAGCAGGAGGAGGACGCCAGGAAGAGGAAGCUGCAGCAGGAGGAGGAGGAGAAGCGUCUGCUGGAGCUCCGUGCCAAGAGGAAGGCUGAGGAAGAGGAGCGUGCGCGUAAGCUGGCUGAGGCCCGCCGGCAGCUGGAGGUGAAGAGGGAGCAGGAGAGGGAACAGGAAAGACGUGCUGCUGCUGAGAGACAGGAGAAGGAGAGGCAGGAGAGGGAGAAGGCCCUGGCGCUGCAGCUGGAGGUGGAGCGGGCCGCCCGGGAGAAGGAGCGCAGGGAGCUGGAGGAGAAGAGGAGGCUGCUAGAGGAGAAGAGGAAGAGGGAGGACGAACAGAGGAGGGCUGAGGACGAACGGAGACGUGUUGCGGCUGCCGCUGCCGCCGCUGCUGCUGUAAAAGAAGCUCAGGUGAAGGCCGCAGUGAGCAAGACCGCUCUACUCAACACAACCAUCAACAAAGGGGCUGCACUCAACGUUACAGUUGAUCUUGAGGGCACUCUUCUGAGGACUCCAGUGAGCAAAGGAGCCGCUCUGCUCAGCAUGUCUCACAAAGGGGCGUUGAAUGUAACUGUUGAUGUUGAGACCUCGGUGAUGAAGACUCCGGUGGGGACGCCAUCAGGGCCUAAUGCCACUGUAGAGCUAGACUCUAACGUCACAAUGGACGUUGAGAAGUCGCCACAAUCUUAUGAAAUCACUCCGAAAGGCAAGAAAAUCACUACACUGCUUAAUCCUGAAGAUUAUGGGAUGGACCAGAACAGUGACGACUCCACUGAUGACGAAUCGGCGCCAAAGAAACCCAUUCCGUCCUGGGCAGAGGGCCUUCAGCUUCAGCAGGCCAUCAUGAAGCAGUACUACGACCCCGUUGAUCUUCACGCAUACUUUGGGGUCGUGGAGAUGCCCAAGCUGGAACGGAUAUUCCACAAAAGCAAACCACGCUUUUUCAAAAGAACCAGUUCGGCUGUGUGGCACUCACCUCCUCGAAUGGGCAGUCUGUCCCAUUGAAGAGACUGUUUUGGGAUAAAAUAUCUAUUUUUAUUUUAGGUUUUUACUGUUUUUUUUGCCCGGUCAUUUUUUUUGACUUUUUACUUUUCAAAUAAAGUUAGUCCUAGGAGAAGGAAAUUAUGUGUAUGGGAGAGUGCGUGGAAUAGUGUAGUGUGGACAUGAUUGGUGAACUGUAUUGUAUACUUUUUUCCUUUUCUGGAUAUGUCGAACAGUUUUUCUGUCUGGUUUCAUUGUGCAUUUCAAAAAAAGAUGCCUUUUAUAUGUUUUUCUACACAGUUUCUGUGUAUUUGUAUUUUUCCACCUUGCUGUAAAUGUGUUGUGUGAUGGCUGGUUGUAUGUAUGAUCCAAAAGUGGCAUACACAUUUUGAUUUAGUUGCUUUAAGAUGAAUAAAGUGAUUAUUACAAUGUC